UUUACUCAAAUCUCACAUGUGGGGAAAACCAACUGCUUAAAAAACAACGAGACGACGACCGAUCGAAUCUGCUUAUACGGGGAAAGACGAAAACAUGGCGACAGCGGACGAUGAAAGAUUCGACGGCAUGUUGUUAGGCAUGGCUCAGCAACAUGAUGGCGGAGUGCAGCAGCUCAUUGAUACAUUUUUUUCUUUCUUGAGAAGAAAAACAGAUUUUUUCACAGGUGCUGAGAAGGGCAGAGCUCAACAGCUUGUGAUGGAUAAUUUUAAGAAGCAUCAACAGAAAGCAUUGGAAGUACAAAAGAAAAAACAAGAAGAGAGUGAAAGAGCAAAAAAAGCAAAAGAGGAGAAAAAGCGCAAGGAAGCUGAGAAAAUGAUGUCCGAGUCUGAUACGGCACAGAUUAAAGAAUUAACAGAUGAAGAGGCAGAACAACUACAGAAGGAACUUGAUAGUAAAAAAAUGAAAAAAGAAGAUGCAAAUUCACAACCACCUACUGUGAAGAAAGAAGAAAAGAAAGCAGACAAAAAAGAUGGGUCAGACGAGGAAGAAGAGGAUGAAGAUGACAAGGGCAAGCUGAAGCCUAAUGCAGGAAAUGGAUGCGACUUGGAAAACUAUAGCUGGACACAAACACUUCAGGAACUAGAUGUUCGAAUUCCUUCACCAAUACCUCGAAUCAAAUCACGCGACGUGAUUGUAGAAUUUACAAAACGCACGCUGAAAGUUGGGCUCAAGGGACACCCGCCCAUCAUUGAUGGAGAGCUUUGCAAAGAAAUUAAAAUUGAAGAGUCGUUUUGGACUUUGCAGGAUAAUAAAAUUAUAGCUCUCAAUAUGGAAAAGGUAAAUCAAAUGGAAUGGUGGAAUCGAUUAAUGGCAACUGACCCAGAAAUAAAUACAAAGAAAGUCCAGCCAGAGAACUCAAAGUUGAGUGAUUUGGAUGGAGAGACGAGGGGAAUGGUGGAGAAGAUGAUGUAUGACCAACGUCAGAAGCAAAUGGGGUUACCAACCUCGGAUGAUCAGAAGAAACAAGAACUGUUGAAUAAGUUUAUGGCACAACACCCGGAGAUGGACUUCUCCAAGGCUCAGAUUAACUGAAAACUCUGCUUUAAAAUGGUGGUAUCAACCUUGUCUAGUUGAAUGCUGUUUUAAUGUUUUAAUCUAUCACAAUUAAUUUUUUAUGAUUGGCAAUUGCAAAUACAAGAGAUCAUCAUUAGCCAUUUGAAAUAUGUUUGAUGAGUAAAACUAAAUAUAUAAUAUGUAAACACACCACAGAAUAAUGUAAAAGAGCACCUUGAGUUAAGACUAUAAAUAUCUUGAAGAUGUGACAUUUGAAUUUGGAGUUAAAAUGUACAAUAAUAUUAGGUAUAUGAAACUUGGAUCAUGUAGGUAUAGUUCUAUGGUCUAUUGUUGAAUAGACGUACUUCAACCACUUCUUAAAAUAACAAUGAAACUCAAGUGUGCUUCCUGCAAUCAUAGCUGUUUUCAUUCUUAAUUAUCACAGUUUAAGUUCCUUACAAAUGGAGAAAAUGUUUAUACAGGGCAUGAAUGUUUAAAUGUGAAGAUACCACACCACUUUGAAAAAAGUACUGUACAUGAAACUGCCAACAGUAUAAAGAAUAAGUAAAUAAUGUAUACUUCUGACAAGAAAUGAUUGUUGUAUCAAAUACAGUUUUAUUGUCACAAGAAAAAUAAUUUGCUUAAUUUUUUUAGUUUCUGCAAAAAUAAAUGAUAUUUUAAACUCUUGUAUCAACUAGA